AUGGAGAGUGAAGCUGAUUCUGUAGAGAAAAAGUUGAAUGUAGACGAAAAUACUCAUACAAACGACCACAUUGAAUCAAUUAUGGCAAAUGAUACACAAACUCUUUCAGAAACAAAACAAUUGACUUCAAAUGAUACUGGAAACAGUGAGAGUGAAGAACCAAUCAUGAAAUCGGAUAAAUCAAAUCUGGUAUCUUCGGAAUACGAGGUGAGAAAAAUUGUCAACCAAGGGGAAACUGACCAGGUUGUAACUGAAAGUGAUAAGAAGAAUUCUCAGCAAAAUGAUGAGAGUUCUAGUGGAGAGAUUUUGAGUCAAAAAGAAAAUGAUCAAAUUAUUACCAAAAGGCAAAAACUCCUGACGGGAUUAUCAUCUGCUUCUGAAACGGGAGAAAAUGGUGAAAAGUCCGUCAUUCCUAAUCUAAACGAAUACAAAGAUGAUUCAUCUGGCACCAAGAAUAAGAAAAAUAAAAUUGCCAAACUGAAUCAGUCAGCUGACGAGAACAAAAUUGAUGAAACACCUCCAGAACCAGAAGUGGGUAAACUUGUCAACCAAAGAGGAACUGGUCAGGAUGAAACACAAAGUGAUCAUGAGACUUCUUUACAAGAUGACAAUGGUUCUAGUGAAGAGAUUUCGAUUCAAAAAGAAAAUGAAGAAAAAGAAUCUGCUAAAACACAAGAAGUACCUGUCCGUUUAGUAAAUGAUUCUGAAACAGACGAAAAUGAUGAAAAAUCACAAAUAGUUACUCUAAACGAAUGCAGAGACGUUGCAUCUGACUCCAACGAUAUGGAAAUGCAUGAGGAAAUGAACAACCAGAAUGAAACGGAAAAUUCCACACAAAGUGAUACAAAUCCCACUGAAGUAGCUGAAGAUAUCUGCAUUCAGAAGAAAAUUGACGGAUUGGAUGGAAUCAAUCCAGCUGACGAGAAUGAAAAAUAUGAACACCCCACGGAACCUGAGGUCAGAAACAAUGUCAACCAAAGAGAAACUGAUCAGGUUGAAACACAAAGCGAUCAUGUGAAUUCUCAACAAAAUGACAAUAUGUCUAGGGGAGAGAGUUUGAUCCAGAUAGGAAAUGAGGAAAAAGUAUCUACGGAAACACAAGAACUGCCUAUUCAUUCACCAAAUGACUCUGAUACAAAAAAUAUUGUCAAUCCAAACAAAUUAUGUGGCUCCAAGGAAAUGAAAAUAAAUGAUGAGGAAACAAAAAACCAGAAUGGAACUGAGAUAAUUGAUAAACUGAAUGACACUAUCGCAGUUGACAAUGAAAUCAAAGUAUCUGAAUGUGAAUCUGAGUCUUCCAAGGAAUGCGAUGAUUCCAAAGAAAAUAGUAAACAAUCUUCUGGUGGAACAAAAAUGGACGAUUCAGAAACUGACCAUAAUCACAUAAAUAUCACAGUAACAAAAAAGGAACUCGUGGAAAAUGAAAAAAGUAAAUGUGGGGAAGAAGAGUUGAUGGGGAAAAGUGGAGAUAAUGUUGGAAAUGAAGAUACUCAUGUCAAUGCACAAGAAAACGUUACCCAAGAUUUUGAGGCUUAUCCUAAGAAUGAGUUUGAACAUGAUGAUAAUGAGAGAAGUGAUACAGAAGCGAAACUAGAACAGGAUGAAAAUGGGGAGAAUAAGAAAACAUCUGAGAAUGUUUUCAAUAAUGAAAAUAUUUCCAGUGAUGAUGAAACUGCUUUGACAGAUCUUACAAAGAAAAAUAAUGCGAAGAAUGAAGCAGACGUUGGAAUAAUAGACAAGGUGGCCAAAAACUAUAUUAACUACGUUAUUGAUAAGGAGAAAUUGAAAUACGAUAAUGAUCAUAUGGACAUAGAUUAUACAAAUACUUCACAAAAAAUAGUGAAUGGUAUGGAAAAUGAUCAACCAACAGAUUCGGAGUUAGAAAAAAACAAUGAAUCUCAUUCAUCACCAGAUGUUCAGAAGAAUGGAAGUGAGAACCAAAGUAGCUUCGAUCGAUCCAAACUACGCGAAGAAUUGGAUUUAUCUUCUGCAGAAGAAUCUGUUAUUGAAAAGGAAACCGAUAGUACUGAACGAAAUGAGUUGAAAAAGAACAUUAUCUCAACUCUAUCAAUAGCUGAAACUGGAAUGAUUUCUGCACCAGCGAAAAAAUUUAUCAAUGAUUUCAUCAGUAAUGAGAGAAGUAAACAAUUUGGUGCGAAUGAAGAAAACUACAAUGUCGGGGAGAAUGAGAGAGUACGAGGUAACAUAACUGAAAUUGAGUGUUCUAGCACUACUGACCUGAAUAGAAAUAUCGGAGUAUAUAUAUCCGAGA